AUGGGAACUUCGAGUGCAAAUGACAUGGACGUGGUCGUGGACGUGGACGUGGACAUGGACAUGGACAUGGACGUGGACAUGGACGUGGACGUGGACAUAGAUGUGGAUGUGGACAUGGACAUGAACAUGGACGUAGACGUGGACCUGGACGUGGACGUGGACAUGGACGUGGACGUGGACGUGGACGUGGUCGUAGACGUGGACGUGGACGUGGACGUGGACAUGGACAUGGACGGGGACGUGGACGUGGACGUGGACGCGGACGUGGACGCGGACUUGGACGUGGACGUGGACGUGGACAUGGACCUGGACACUGACAUGGACGUGGACAUGGACGUAGACGUGGACGUGGACGCGGACGUGGACGUGGACGUGGUCGACUUGGACGUGGACAUGGACGUGGACGUGGACGUGGAUAUGGACGUGGACGUGGACAUGGACGUGGACGUGGACGUGGACAUGGACGUGGACGUGGACAUGGACGUGGACGUGGACGUCGACGUGGACACGGACGUGGAUGUGGACGUGGACAGGGAGGUGGACGUGGACGUGGACGUGGACGUGGAGGUGGACAUGGACGUGGACGUCGACGUGGACGUGGACGUGGACGUGGACGUGGACGUGGAGGUGGACGUGGACGUGGACGUGGACGUGGAGGUGGACGUGGACGUGGACGUAGACGUGGACGUGGACAUGGAGGUGGACGUGGAGGUGGACGUGGACGUGGACGUGGACGUGGACGUGGACAUGGACGUGGACGUGGACGUGGACGUGGACGUGGUCGUGGACGUGGACGUGGACGUGGACGUGGACAUGGUCGUGGACGUGGACGUGGCGAUGGACGUGGACGUGGACGUGAACGUAGACGUGGACGUGGACAAGGACGUGGACAUGGACGUGGACGUGGACGUGGACGUGGACAUAGACGUGGAGGUGGACGUGACGUGGACGUGGACGUGGACGUGGACGUGGACGUGGACGUGGACGUGA